CAUAUCCUUCAUACUCCGACAAUCUCUCAGACACUUUCAAGAAACACUCCACUUAAUACAUCACCCUCCGUCUAAACUAACAAUCCAACACAUAACCCAACUACUUCUACCACUGAAAACUUGUUAUCCUUUGGGAACUGGAGAGAUCAUCAUGGACGAUGACAUACAAAAGUUUCCCAAACAUGAUUUCCUCGAAAGUUACAUGGUCAGGACCAAAGAGCUCGCCAAGAGGCAGCGUGAGUAUCGGAAUCUGCUGUUCGGAAAGUUGAAGACUCGCAAGGAGCAAAUCGUGGAAGCCAGUUACAAGCAUUCCAUUAAUCAGCUGGACGAGGAAAAGAACGAGUUGAGGGCCCAGAUCUGGGUGGCCAGCGGCAAGCCCUACAAAGAGCAAAACCAGCGCUUCCUGAACCUCAUUCGCUGCCAUGUCGAGUGCCAGGAGAACCUCGCCGACGACAUCAGUGCGCUGAAGACCUCCAUUACCAAUAUGGAGCUACAGAUCGGUCGUAUGAACAAGCAGUUGUACAGUCUCAACCUGCAGACAGUCCCUGACGAAAGGCACAUUGCGGAGGUCCAGCACAAGCGGAAGAGAAUGAAUAUUCUGGAGAACAAUCUGGAAGUGGGGUUUCGCAUGGAGGGCGCCUUCACGGCACAUAACGCAUCGCUGCGGGAGCAGCUCAUCUUUAUUUUGAACACACGCUCCUUCUUCAACGAUUCGUAUACCAAGAUGGUCAAGCGGCUGGACAACGAAAGGAAGUAUCUCAUCGACCUGAUCGAGUACGCGGUGUCCACCUACGACAACUGCAUCGAGGUGUUCGAGAAGAACGAGCUGCUGGCCAAGCGAGACAGGCGGGAGGGAGAUCUCCGCAAGGUGGAGAUGCAGGGUCUGGUCCGAAGAAUCGCUGCCAACACCGAAAAUGCCGCUUUUUUCGAGUGCAAGGCCAAGCCCAGAGUGCUGGCCGAUCUCCAGCCCAAGGAGUACAGGCGCAGGGAGAAGUUUCGGUCGGAGCACCGCAAGAAGGUUAACCUCUACGACUCUGUUCUGAAGAAGAUCAAGGCUUUCACGGCGUCCCGUAACGUGGCCGAGGUCAUUGAAAAGUUCAACGAGCAGGAGAGCCUCUACUACUCCUACUUCAACUACAACAACGAGAUGAGCUACCACGUCACCUUGCUCAACAACUCGGUGAACCAUCUCUUCCGGGAUAUCAUCAGCCUGAGGAACGAAAAUGUCAACACCCUGCAGUGGCAGAUCGAGGAGAUAGCCAGGCUGGAGGGCCUGGUGGCCGCCAAGCAGGAGUCCAACACGACGCUGGUGGAACUCCGAGACAACAACGAGGCGCUCCUGGAAAGUCUGUUGCAGGGCGUGGAGACCAUAUGUAAGAUAUGCAACUUGGACAAGAGUCCCUUCAAGCCGUUGCUGGGCGACCACAACCACGUCAAACUGGUCAACCUACAGCGCUUCCUGAAGGCGCUCGAAACCCGGGUCUACGAUGUGCUGGCCUGCGUAUAUGCCCAGGAGCGUCAUGAUAAGGAUGUUAAGCAAUUCGACUAUGUGGUCAGCAACGCCGAGAAGACCUGCGAGGCAAUGACCCACUUAGACGACAUCGUACUGACCCAGCAGUGUCCGGAGUGCGCCGAGACCGAUGCCCAGAACAUUGAGGAAGGCGGCGACCUCUCCUACCCGCACUCUGUCAAGGAUUCCAAGAAGAAGCUUUACGAGAAGAUCACCCAACCGGAGAUCCAGUACCGUCUCCACAGCAUCAGCCAGUGCCGUCUGCCCCGCUCCCGUCUUCUAGCCGCUAGGCGUAAUAUGUAGAGUCCGGAAGAAUGGCACUCAGCAGCUUCCUGGCCUUUUCUAAGCCCAUUUGGUAACUGGGAGUUGGGUCUGAGCUUGGACCUAGUCAUUUGUUUGCAAAUGUGGUUGACUAGGCCAGCAUUCCGUUGCGGUUACCGUGGAUGGAGGUUCGAUAACCACCCCAUCAGUAGGAUUUUCAAUUUCGAUAAUCCAUUAAUACGAAACCCAUUUAAAAACUACUUUUGUAAGUUUCGACCCUCGUCUAAAUUUUUGUUACCAAUAAUACAUGCAUAUUUCUGACAUUGACGCAAAUAAAGAGCUUUCCUUCAAUGGACAGUAAAAAAACUGUA